AUGACAUUGAGAAAUAAGAUCUCUGACUUUCAGAAGGAAUGUUUGUCUCUCAGAGGUAGUCUCAAAGACAAGACUGAAGUUACAGAUUUCUUGGAUUAUCAAGCAACUGCAGCACGAAUCUAUGCUGAGAAAAAGUCUGUUAAAGGAAUUUAUAAAGAACUCAAGGAAUACUUGAAAAGGACAGAAUUUGAACUUUUUAGCGAAGAAUUUGACAACUAUAAGUCUGAUAUUAAGCAAGAGCGUGAAAAGUCUCAGAAGCAAAAUCUUGAAAUAGAGAAACUCAAAAAUGAAAUCGAAGUAAUUCACAAAAAUUUCGAAGAGAAAGCUGGAGUGCAAGAUGUGGAAUUAAUCAAACAAAAAAUGAAGAGACUUGUACUACAGAGCGAGUUUGAUGAUCUUCGCAAGAAAGUCUUUCCUGAAGUCAAGAAAAUGCAGAAGACAGUUUUAGAGUUUGAUAAAGCUCAAAGCCAGCAUAAUGAAAUUAUUAGGAGAUUCGAUGAGGUUCUUUUGGAAAAAGCCUCCAAAACCUCUGUACAACAAAUUCUGCAUAAGCUUAAAAUGGAUUUUGUUGAGAAAGAUGAGUUCAAAAUUAAACUUGUGGAGUCAGACAAGAGAUUCACUGACAACUCAAUCAUCUUCAAGGGGAUAAAGCAAGAAAUUAAGAGUAUAAAUGAGCGAAUUUCAAACGAGAUUUCAGAAAAUAUCAGGCAAAUCACGAAAAAUGAAGCUGAUAAAAUUGUAGAAGAUAUGAAAUAAAAUGCUCAAGAAGCAUACAAAUGGAGAUGAAUUGUUGAAAAUGAAACAAACACUCGAUAAGAAGGCUAACCAGAUCGACAUAGAGGAACUAUAUGACAAGAAGACUGAUAAAGCAGAUACUGAGUGCACUCAGAACUCUAUAGAGGUCAUUCACAAACAGAUAAAACACCUUGUGAUGAUGCUGAUGGAGAGUUGAAGAGUUUUGAUGGAAGCAGAGCUUUCUAAUAAACAGACAAAGAUUAACAAGCUCAAUACUAUUCUUCAGCAAUGCUUUAUUUUGGCUAAAUGGGUUAGCAAAUUCAACCCUGGAUGCACAAAUGUCUUUGAUCUCGUAAUGCCAGACGAUAUGCAAAACUUCCAAGAUUUUGUGAAAAAUGCUAUGGAGGAAAUUCCUUUCUCCAAUGUAAAAUCAUAUGAGAAUAAGCAGGCUUUAACCAAAAAAAUUCAAAGGAUAAAUACAUUAGAAAGGACACCCAAGCCUCCACUACUUCAUUUGGGAUCGGUUACUGCUAAGACUAGGAUUUUGAAUCAUUUCCAAAAGAGGGAGAUUAAAGGAAAUGCUAAAAAGAACUACACCAUGCAUGGAUCUGCAAGAAAGAACAAGAAUCUAGCCAAGGCUAAAAAGAUCAUGAUGAACUUCAGGAAGAGCGUGAAGGAUGAUACAGCUUUAGACAAGUCUUAUAAAACUCACAGGUUGAACUCUAAAUAUGAUGAGGACAGGAAAGUCAAAGUGGUGCUAAACAAUACACUUGAUUAUUACCACUAAAGCACCAUUUUUAGA